AUGUUUUCGCCGAAAAUCGCUAUUAUAGGAGCCGGGCCAGCUGGUUGUAUGCUAGGGCGUGUUUUGUCGCCGUCCGACAUCCCCUUCACAAUCUACGAGAGCGAGGCGGGCCCCAACUAUUACUCACAAGGGGGCACGUUAGGGCUACACCCCCAGACUGGUCUGACAGCCGUGAAGGAAUCCGAAUUAUGGGCAGAGUUCGAAAAACACCUCCGCUUCGAUAGCGACUACGUCUUGAUUUCGGACAAGAACCUCAAGCCCAUGGUCCUAGCAAGAAGCCGAUGGGGCUAUCGUCUACAGCGCGUUGAAGGAGACGGCAGCUUGGUCUUCGAGCACGUAACCGAGUCUGGGUUUGACCUCAUCGUCGGCUGUGAGGGAGGCUGGAGCAAAGUUCGAGGCUACGUCGCCCCGGCGGCCAAACCUGGCUAUACUGGUAUAGGACACCAUCGGCUCGCGAUACCGGAUGCGGAGCGUACUGCCCCGGAUCUUUGCAAGAUCGUUAACCGUGGCCAAGCGUCGACCCGUUCGGAAAACUGGACGCAAACAUGCGGAUACAACCCCCAUAACAUCGAGCAAGUGAGGAAGGCGAUUCUGGAGGACAUGUAUGAUUGGAGUCCACAGCUUCGUGAAGCUAUCGAGAAGGCUGGAGACGGGGUAUGUGAUCCGAAAAAUAUCUACGCGCUUCUGGUUGGUUUGCGCUGGCAGCACCGUCGCGGCGCGACGAUUAUCGGCGACGCAGCGCAUUUGACGGCCCCUUUUGCGGAGGAGGGGGUCGACGUCGCACUCGAUGACGCACGUAGACUCGGAGCCGCGAUCGUCAAAGCGAUCCAGGCAGGCGGUGAGCAAGACGAACUCGAUAGGGAGGUGCGGGCGUCCGAGGAGGAAAUGUUCGCGCGCAUGGAGAUAUACCAGCGGCAGACGGAUGAGAUCACGGCGCUGUGGUUUUUUAGCGAAGGGAGCAUGAGGCAAGUCAUGCCAAAAGUAAUCUUAACCUACGCCAAAGACCGGGUGCCCACGAUGUUGGUCCCUUUGGCCUGGGGGCUCGUUCCUUCGUGGUGGGCCAUCAAGACAAGGCUUUCCGGCUAG